AUGGUAAUUCCUACUUAUAAUGUCCAAAAUUGUAUUGGUGCAAUUGAUGGAACACAUAGAUGUGCUAAAGUUUCACAAGAUGAAGCACCCAAAUAUCGUGGGAGGAAAGAUUAUCCAACACAAAACAUAUUGGCUGCAUGUGCGUUUGAUUUAAAAUUCACAUACGUGCUAGCUGGGUGGGAAGGGACAGCAUCAGAUUCAAGAAUCAUGAAAGAAGGACUAACUAGACGAGAACCAUUAAAAAUUCUAGAAGGAAAAUACUACCUUGUUGAUGGCGGAAUCAUGUUGAGAAGUGGGCUUAUCACACCUUAUAGGGGAGAGCGGUAUCACCUCAAAGAGUAUUCAAGAAAUCCACCUAGAAAUCCUCGUGAAUUGUUUAAUCUCCGACAUGCAUCUUUGCGUAAUGCUAUUGAACGAGCAUUUGGAGUUCUUAAAAAGAGAUUUCCUAUAAUUGCUAGUUCAACUGAGCCAUCAUAUGGUGUUGAUACCCAAAAACUUAUUAUUUUUGCAUGUUGUAUUUUGCACAACUAUUUAAGAGGCGUAAAUCCAAACGAUGAGUUACUUGCACAAGUGGAUGCUGAGCUUAUGAAUAGUAACAUUGUGCCUGAAGAACCAUCGAAUUCUAGGGAAAGCAAUGACGAAACACAAAGAGGAGAGAAUUCAGGAGCGAAUCUACCUUAG